UCAACGACUGUAGACUCUAUUUCGCGGACCAUCGAAUCUUUCGAAAGAUUAGUUUUCACUUGUUUCGCGCAUGUUGACUUUGAUUGGUUCUAAUAAAAUCCGUAACUAACACUGACACGCGUGUUCCUAUGUUUGCGACGAUGUCGCGAUAUCGAUAUACCUGGCGACCUUUUAUCCUCUAUCUGCGCUUCCUCCAUUAUCUUCUCUUCUCUUUAGAAGCUAUUCCUACAUCCAAACAAAACUGUAUCAUGAAGGAAAUAUAUGUAAAUUCAAUUUCAACGGUUGCAUUUUUACCUAAGAUAUUAGAAAAAUUUAAUGACAAGAAACGAUAAGACGAUAAGGAACUGAAAGAGAGAAACAUCGUUGUAACAAGUGAACGCGAUGAAACAUACGUGAUUUGUGACAAGAGCAUGAAACGUUAGGACAAUCUUCAUGAUCCGAUACAAAUUCGUUGUAACAUUAGAUUCAUCGUUAAUAAUGGAUAACAAAAGCAAUAAGCAACAUAUUCGUGAUGAUAAAGAAACAGAGAAGAAAGCUCAAACGAAAGAUGUGGAAAACAGAGUCGCCAAAGACAUGAAUUCGGAUAUAGUAAAUGCGACUUGUGUUGAUACUGCGAAUCAAGAAGAUAUUAAAAAGAAGAUUUUAUCGCUGAAGCAUUUAUUGGAAAAGGAUAUAAAAGCAGCCGAUUUAAAAUGGUCUUUGUUUGUAGCAGCUUGUAAUACGUAUCGCUAUGAUACUUGUUUAAAACCGUUUCCACCGAUGUAUAUUAAAAAUGAGUGCAAGGAUAUCGAAGCUUUGAGAAGAUCUAUAGAACUAAUUCCUCCGUUGGCUGUAAUAUUCGACGCAUUGUCAGAGCCAGAUGUAUAUGAUAGAUACGGAACUGCCAUAGAACUUUUACAUUGGGUUUUAAUACGUCUGAGAAAUCCUUAUAUAAAAAGUAUUAACAAAGAAUCAUAUGAUUCGAUACUGAGGAAAGUACCUUCAGAAAUGUCAGUCGCUGCACCAAAUUUAAUAUUUCAAGUUGCAAGCGCGAAGCAAUCUACUUCGGAAGAGAAAUGGAAAAUGCUUGCCCAAGGACAUACAACUUUUCAUGCUUAUCAUGGUAGUCGAUUGGAGAAUUUUCAUUCCAUUAUACAUUAUGGUCUACAACAAAAUAUGUGUAAGAAAUCAUUAUUUGGUAAUGGAAUAUAUCUUUCAAGUGAAUUAGGUGUAAGCUUACCAUAUAGCCCUGUAGGCUAUGGAUGGGGAGGUAGUAUGCUUGGAAGCGAGAUGAGUUGUAUAGCUUUAUGUGAACUUGUCAAUCGUGUAGAUGUGAAAACUGGAGAUUCAGAAGAUAGCGCUCGUAAAGCGGUUACGGAUUCUAUGGGUGGAAGAGUUCCAAAUAAGUAUUAUUUGGUUACGAAUAGCGAAUUGGUAAGAGUACGUUAUCUUCUUGUUUAUAGUCAAGAAGUACAAACAACAAGGUGUACCGAUAAUAAAGGAUUAUUAGCAUGGUUCAAACAACAUAAAUUAUUGACAUUUGUGCUCGGUUAUGUAGUAUUAUUGGCAUCGGUUGGAUUGACUCAUAAUAAACAAGUAGAAAAAUAUUAUAAAUUAUUUGUACAGAAAGUUGGACUGGAGUAAGAAGAACUCGUAUCUGUCUAU